AUGUGGGAGCCAUGGUGUAGAUUCCUGUUUAAGCCAAAGCUUGAUGAAAGUAAGGAAUCAGAUCCUAGCAAACCAAUGGAACAUAGUUACUGGAUUCUUUGCUUGCACUGGUCGCCAGACAGACAAGCAAGCCAUUCUUAUCCUCUUCGCUCGUCUUUUGUUCUCUUUCUUUAUAUACUACAACGAAUUUGUUUGUUCAUAUUGGCCAAGAUGGGUCUGAUCAUGAGCUUUGCGGGAAAAGGAUUUCCAAUAACACCGGUAAUAAGUAAGGUGAUGGAUAAAUUCCAAGAGGAAUUCCUGAAGAAAAAUUUGGAGAACCCCGAUGAUUUCCAUGUGGCAGUUCUCGACAUGUUCGCAUCUGUGAAUAAAGUAUUGCCUGGCAAGCACUGGCGUGUGCCUCCGUAUACCGAAAUUGAGAUUUUUUUUAACGAAAUGGAAAAAUCCAACCUCACGGAAGAAGCGAAGAAGGAGAAGGUCCUAACUUUCUUGAAGAAGUGGAUACAACCAGACAAGUUAGAUAAGUUUUCACUCAUGAUUGGGCUGGCAACACCCCCUGCAGCAAUGGCAGCCAAGAAAGCCGGUGAACGUGUACCUCAGCUCAAAUUUAUGAAAUCCGUUCCAGACGUUCUGUUUGUGCCUGGUGCUACAUUGUUAACUCUUACAGCAGUUAAGCUUUCCAGAAUAUUUUUCCUCCAACACGAAGCAUCUUAAGAGUGAAAACCAUCUAGUUGAAAGAAACCAUAUAGGAACAUUGGAUUCUUAAGCUUCGCGAUGAACAUUUCAAUCUGUGCACUAGAUUGUUUAACUGGUGUAACCCACCAUUCCUACUAGUCAAAUGUAAAAAAACAUCACAUUUGACGUGACAUUCCAUGUAUACUAGCAAUAAGGAACUAAUGCAUCCUCUUUUAUUAGAUCCUGCUGGUAUCCAACCAUUGCUGCUAGUAAAAAUAUAAGGGAGUGUGUCAUUAUACAAAAAGCCUAAAAUUUAUGGAAGAAAAAGAUUAUCCUCACACGUAGGCUACAUUAACAUACAGUUGUAACCACAAGGCAAAUUCGAGAAACUCAUCCAAGUUAAAACGGAUGAGGAUUACGUCCUCUCCCUGAAAUGUGAACAUACCUCAAAAUUAGAAGGGGUAUCUACACAGACAAAUCCAGGAUUUUAAGUUUUAUGAUUCAACCUUAAAGAUUUUAACCAUUGAA